UCAUGUAUUUUCCUUUUUCGUAUCAAAAUAUCAAAGUGCUCUUCUCACCACACUUUAACACCGCUUCUUCUGUGUAACGUUUAACAUUUUACUCUUGUAAACAGAUCAUUUUUAUUGUUAUUUACAGCCUGUUUGUUAAACUACAAGAGUUGAUGAGUGGAAUCUGCUAACAUUCCCUUCAAGAUGGCUACAAAUUCAGAUCCGUGGUUCUCAGACAUCCUUGAGGAAUAUUCUACCAAGAAGUACUUCAUAGAAUACAAUGGAUUCAUGUCCAAUCACAUGGCGCAUGGAAUUGUCGCUCUGAAAGACCUUGGAGCAUCUCAGGAAAAGAUUGGUCAGUUUGCUAUUUGGUGUGGUCAGCUUUUGGAGCAACCCGACCAUCCAGACCACGCUGGUGAGGACCCAAACACUGUUCCAGUUAGUGAACAAGAACUCAAAGAGCUUCUUGGAAAGCGAAAGUCUUUCUACGGGAUCAGAAAUAAGUACAUUAAAAAGUUGAAUGACUAUGGAUCCUUAGAAGAAAUGAUUAAAGCUGAGUUUCCAAAAUUAAGCCGAGGUUUGGGCUGCGUGGCCUUACAUGGUCUUAUUCAACUUGGUUAUGGCCUCCAUGCUACACAUGGAAGUGUGGUGUGUGAAGGGCUGGCAUACCUACAUCACUCUUAUCAUGCUCUCGUAUUUGACGAGACGAAGGCUGAAAAUGGCAUCUCAAACUUUGGCAAAGGAGGCGAGGACAUCCUGGAUAUUCUACGUGAAAUGAGAGCCGAUUCUACCCUUCGACAAAGCAUGUUGGAUGGUGCUCUUGUCAUCAAAAAGAGUGGGAGGUUCUUAGGAAGUGGUUUUUCGAACAGAUUCGCUGCCCUGACUGAGAAUUGCGGAGAUGUGUUAAUAAAGUAUGGUAACAGAAUCAACAUUCCGUUAACAAAAGACAGUUUAACGGAAGCAGAAUUCCUCACAAAACUGUCAGAUUGGUUGAUUGAUCAAGCUAUUGUCGUGUACAAAUUGUCCGAAAGAGCAAACGAUUUCUUUCUCUUGCAUGGUGUGACGUCAGCCUGGUCACUCCGACAGAUAAUCCCGUGUCUGAAUCCCAAAGACGCCAUGGACGCUAUGAGAACGUUCACCUGUGAUCUCAUGGCAGCCUACUUGACUGUAGACGCCCCUGCACUGACAAAGAUUUCAACCACAAUGGCGGAAACCGUCAGUGACAAGACAUGGAAGGAUAUAAUCGACAAGCUUCUUGCAUUGGAGCUGGAUCCACAUGAGGAACACUUAUUUAAAUUGGUUCAAGUAUGUUAUACCCAAUGGACUGCCAACAAGUUUUCUUCCAAUGCUGGAGUCUACGUAGAUGCUGCCAAAGAGUGCAUCGAUCACAAAAUGGCAUUCUGUACAUACAGCGAAGAGUUGAAAUUAGACUAAAUUAAAGUCCGCAUAUGGCUGUAUAGCCUGUUUAAAACCAUAUUUCUCCAAACGCACUUUUCCAUUUAUCUAUUUUCAUGUAGUUUUUUUUUUUUUUUGCCAUUAAAAACUGAAAUCCUCAUCAUUUUUAUAGCAACCAAUUUAAGGAUCUGCUCUUCUUAGGUUUCAAUCAUGUUGAAGUCUCGUUUUGAUAUUGCAUAAGUUUUGUAAUAUAUAACACUAAAACCAUUAUUGCGUUGGCAAUUUUGAAUGUUUCUAAUUCAUUAUUUCUGUUAAACUUUGCAAUGUACAUUACAAUGAAAGUAAUAAACAAUAAGAUGCGAGAUUA